AACUGCAGCUAACUUCAAGGCGUGAAACUAGUAAACAACAAAAAAAUAUUUUUUGAAAACUUUUUUAAUUUAAGAAGCGUGAUCAAUUCUUUCAACAAUAUUAGAUUGUUGAGGAAACUUAAAUCACUCUAAGUUUUCAAAAUAUAAUUUAAUAAAAGAAUAAUCUACGAAUUAUCCAACUUACCGAAGAUUUGCCAAAAUUAUAAUAUUUUCGAUUAAAACAAAGACUAAUUAAUGGAAUUUGUUAAGCAAGAAGUAUAUAACCUUGAUGGUAACACUCAGCUCGAGUUUCUCAAUCAAAAAACCAUCAUAGUUAUAGAUAAAGAUCGUUUUUUGGUAUGUAAACAGUUCCUAAUCGAAAAUGCUCCAGAUGAGGAUUUUGCAGCUUUCCUCAACAUCCCAAUUGAAAAAGUUCGCUACUUUAAAUACAAAAUGCAACUUUUUGAAGACACCAUAAGAGUUCGAAGACGUGCUGCUGUACUAGAAAAGCAACGUAAAAGACUUUUGAAAGUAAAUAAUGUUCGUAAGAGAGAAAUUUCAUCUGAAGAAAGAUUUCGAAGAGCUCGCGAGUUGAUUGCAAGGAAUUUAAGCACCAAUCAAAUUUCAAAGAUUCUUAAAGUCUCUGAAAGAUCAGUUACUCGUUUCAAGCAAAGAAUGCGAGAAGAAAAACGUAAAUUAAAAGCAGAAGGAAAAAUUUCUUUUGAUCCUAACGAUCCAGAUGAUGAGAAUAAUUUCAAAUUCUUGAAACCUGAAGAAAAGAUCAAGAAAGCAAAAGAAUUGUUCCGAAAGCGUCUCAAGAUUCAAGAGAUAUCUGAGAUACUUAAAAUAAGUGAAAGGUCUGUUCGUCGUUGGAAAGACAGACUUGGAAAACUUAAAGAAGAAUCGCACACUGCAUCAAAAAUCAUUGAAGAACAAAUGAAAGGAGAUAAUAAAUCAUCAAAACGCCCAACACGUAUGGAUUCAAAACUAAAACAAGAAAAUGUCAACGAGACAGAUGAAGAUGUAAUUGAAGAAGAAGAACUUUCAACACCCAACAACAAGAAACGUCGACUUACAAUCGACCGCGAAAAAGUUCAAUACGCCAAAGAAUUGAUUGAAAACAAGCUGAGCAAUAAAGAAAUGUCGAUGCUACUUGAAAUGUCAAUCGCUUGUGUUCGAAAGUUAAAAAUGAAAAUUCUUGAUGGAACUGUUGAAGAGUUGAUUGACAACAGCGAGGAACAUUACACGAAAUUGGAAAAGAUUAAAGAUGAUAAUUUAUCUGACAAUUUUGAUCCUGAUACUGAUCCUUUGACUGUCAGUGACUUGCCUUAUUACAACUCAAUUGGAUCGACAUCAUUGAACAAUUACAGUUAUGAAAGGAAGCCAAAAAUUGUGCUAAGCGAUCGUGAUAUGCAUAAAGCUCGUUUGCUGCGUGAAAACAACAUUCGUACAAUGGACAUUGCUAAAAUGAUGAAAAUCAGUGAACGUUCUGUGACACGAUUGCUUGCAAAGUCACGACAUUUAGAAUUUCUUGAAUGUGAAAGUGACGUCUUUGAUGAAGUGAAUAAAUUGUUGGAGGAGAAAGAUGAAAUUUUAAAUUCUGAUGAUUUAACUGACAUGGUUGUUCAGGAAACGGAAAUCCAGGAACUCGACGAUCCUAAACGUCAACUUGCAUUCAAUUUACUCGCAAUGAAUGUCAAAGUCAAAGAUAUUUCGAGAAUGCUUGAUGUCAGUGAAGUAACUGUGAGUCAUUGGAAGUCACAAAUGACCACAAAAUCAGUCGGUGGAAGUCACAAUGUUAAGACGAGACAUGAAGAACCACAAGAAAUUAUAGUUUGCGAAGAAUAUGAAGAGUACGAAUAAGAUGGAGGAAUGUCAACUUGAUGAUUUUUGACGAAAGUUUAAAGUAAAAGUGUCAAGUGACAUCUCUGUUAAGAAUUGAAAAUUUUAAAGAUAAAUAAAGAGUUAAAAAAAGAAAAUAAUUUUUCAUUAACACUUAUAGUUUUUAUUACCUCGCCUUA